CAAAAUGCCUAUUGCCUGGACCGCAGAGGCGAACGCCAAGCUGUUUCUCGGUGUCCUGACCCAGACUAGAAGUCAGAAUAUGAAGCUCGAUUACACUGCCCUUGCGGAGUACAUGGGAUCUGGCUGUACUGUCCGAGCAGUGCAGCAGCAGAUCGACAAGUUGAGAAAGCAGGUCAGCGACGGCGCCAGUAACCCCAACACCCCCGCUGGUACACCCCGCAAGAAAGCUGCGACAGAUGCCAGUGGCGGUACGCCCAGCAAGGCUGUUACACCCGCCAAGCGCAAGGCCAGCCGUAUCGCUAAGCCGAAGACUCCGACUAAGAAGAGCAAGGGUGCUGCCAAAACUGAGGUCAAGGAAGAUGAGGACGAUGAUGACAUUGAGGACGAUGAGAAGUUUGCUAUUAAGGAUGAAUCGAGCGAUGAGAGUGACAACAUGUGUGUCUAG